UGUUAUGCAUUUCAUGUUACAAAUUUAACAGGCUGCGUGGAAGACAUCGUGCAUGUGGCCGUAUUUUAGUGUGUGAAGAAGUGGGGUGGACAGUGGAGAGACUGACAAAGUUUGUGUGGACUAUUUGUUUUUGACUAUGAGACUAAUUGUUGGAGUUUCUGCUUUCACUUAGAGCAACGCAAGUGUGAGAAGCAUCAUGGACCACAUGUCUUCUCCGGUCAGGUUCCGCACCAAUAAGAAAGCUGCAACUUUCUCAGAAAAGGAGCUGUCAAGUCUGUCCAUCGAGGACCCGGAGGACAGUCAUUUUCCUUUUGCAAUGAGGGAUCUCCCCCCUCUUUCUCAGCCUGGCGAACUGCAUCAGAUACCAGGCCACCAGGCACCAGUCAACCAUGAGGCAGAGGGAGCUUGGACAACACCUAACGGGAGACUGCCCAGCCUUCCUGGGACUCCCCCUCCACCACGUCACAUCCCCUGCCACUCCGUUGGUUCUCCGACUGUCCCUCCCAGAUCAAAUCGUGUGAGACCAGACGCAGAGUUUCAGCUCCAGCCACUGAGACAGCUCGUCUCUCAGGUGUCUAUGGACUGUCCGUCCAGCCCAUCCUCACGUCCACAGAGCCCCUGGUGUCGUUUUGACCCCUAUGACUCUCCAGAGGAUCAGGACAAAGAGUAUGUGGGAUUUGCCACAUUGCCCAACCAGGUUCAUAGAAAGACAGUGAAGAAAGGCUUCACAUUUACACUUAUGGUGGCAGGGGAGUCUGGCCUUGGUAAAUCCACAUUAAUCAACAGUUUGUUCCUCACUGAUCUCUACAAAGACAGGAAGGUUCCGAAUGCACAAGAGCGAAUCAGUCAAACAGUCGACAUCGUCAGACACACAGUGAGCAUCGAGGAGAAGGGAAUCAAACUGAGGCUCACCAUCAUAGACACACCAGGCUUCGGAGACGCCGUCAACAAUGCAGAAUGCUGGAAGCCGAUAGAAGACUACAUCGACCAGCAGUUUGAACAGUACUUCAGAGAUGAGAGCGGACUGAACAGAAGGAACAUCCAGGACAACAGAGUCCACUGUUGCCUCUACUUCAUCUCUCCAUUCAGUCAUGGUCUUCGACCUCUGGAUGUGGAGUGUAUGAAGGCCUUGCAUGAAAAAGUCAACAUAGUUCCCGUAUUGGCCAAAGCGGACAGCCUGACACAAGCAGAGGUCCGCAGAAAGAAGAUGAAGAUCAGAGAGGAGAUCAAGCAAUUUGGGAUCAACAUCUACCAGUUCCCCGAGUAUGAUUCAGAUGAGGACGAAGACUUUAAUAAACAGGACCAGAUGCUCAAGAACAGCAUCCCAUUUGCAGUAAUUGGGAGUAACGUUCAAGUGGAGAGUAAAGGUCGCAGGUUCAGGGGUCGUGCUUAUCCCUGGGGUGUGGUAGAAGUGGAGGACCCGGUUCACUCUGACUUCCUGCUGCUGAGGAACAUGCUGGUGAGGACGCACAUGCAGGACCUGAAGGAAGUGACGCAGGAGACGCACUAUGAAAACUACAGGGCCGAGUGCAUCCACAAGAUGACGCGCAUGGUGGUGCAGGAGAGGAAGCGCAGUUUGCUUGAGAAGCAUCAAGCGGUCAGCGAGGGAGAUCUUCCUCUGCCGCUAGCCGCUGUAGACACCGAGAGAGAAAGGCUCAUCUUUGAGAAAGACGAAGAGCUGCGGAGGAUGCAGGAGGUGCUGGAGAGGAUUCAGGAACAAAUGCAACACGGUCAGAGAAGUGGCUGCUGAUUCUCCAAUAAUUCCAUGGGAGAUGAGGAAAACAAAGAGGGACCAGGAAGACAGAGGAGGCCUUGUGUUAAAAGGAAGUCUGCCACAUUGCAUUCAGUCCCUUACAUGUUUUUUUUCUCCAGGGUUAGCAAGGCUGGGAUCAUGGUUCUCUAAAGAUGUCUCUAAGGAUCUCUAAGGAUCUCUAAGGAGGCCUUACUAUGGGUUUAUGUACGUUGCCCAGAUUUUGGGAGACAGAGCAUCAAAUAAGCUGAUUGGCUAAUCCAGCUCUUGUCAGAAGGCCAACUCAAAAUGACAAAAGAAAUAAAGACAUGAAGUUAACACUGAAACUCUGUAGUAUAGUACAGAAGACAUUUGCCGUCGUGCAGCCAGGAGAAGCACAUUCCAGCGCUGUCAACGACACUCGUGCUGCUCUUCACGGUUGCUGAUCCUGCUGCAGGAAUCAGUGGAGCACUUUCAUUGUCUUUUUUUCUUUUUCUCUUUCCUCACCAUCAGUAUUAAACAUGAACUGCCUCUCGCUUUCUCAUUCUGCCUCUUGAACAAACAAUGUGUGUGUUUGAGAGACAGAGAUACAGGCAGAGAAGGUGCACAUGGUGUUUCAGGGUCAUUCUGGAGGAUUUUAUUCAGUUAUUCGGAAUUCUGUUUUGCCUGCCCAAUUCUGUGAUUUCUCGUAAGCUGAAUUCGCCCAACCCCCAGUUAUAGGUCAACCCAUGCAUCACUAUGGUGUUGCAUUCAAGACUUCAGCAGGUCACACUAGCUUACAGCCAGUUGUGGUGGUGCUAAAAUUUUAUUUUCUUGCUUCAUUGAUGUGUUCCAGGACGUCUCCUCGAUUAGUAACCUUCAUAGCGAUACAACACUGCCACCUAGGGGUCAUUUAAUAACAUUAACUUUGGUAUUUCAAUGUAUAAACGACAUUUUUCAUGUUUUAAUACUUUGAAGUUGAAUUUUUUUUUCUUUUUUGUAUGUC